GGACCUGCUGGCGGCUCUUCCCCGCCUCCCGCCGCGGUUCUCGGGAGCGCUCGGGAAUCCUUGAUCCUUGCUGCAGCUGCUCGGGGUUCCUGCUUCAAAGCCUGCGCGCGACCCCCCGCGGCCCCCGACGACCCCCGCCGCCCGGACACCCCGACCCCCGGCGCGUCCCUCUGUCCCACCGCGCAGCCCCGGAGCUGGAGCUGGAGUCCCAGCGCCGCGCCCGAAGAGAAUGGAAGCGUUUCAUGGCAGCGAAUAUGGAACUAUGAAUGAAGGCAGCAGAGCAGGUGCCGGCUUUGAUGCUUCGUCCUCCUUGAGGAUCGUCCUGGUGGGCAAAUCAGGCAGCGGGAAAAGCGCCACCGGGAACAGCAUCCUCUGCCGGCCAGUGUUCGAGUCGCACGUGGGUGCCCAGUGUGUGACCAGGCAGUGCCAGGAGGCCAGGGGCACUUGGGAAGGGAGGAGCAUCCUGGUGGUGGACACAGCCCCCAUCUUCGACGCUGUGCCCCCCACCCAAGACCUGUACAAGGACAUCGGGGACUGCUACCUGCUCUCUGUCCCUGGGCCCCACGUGCUGCUGCUGGUCACUCAGCUGGGCCGCUUCACCACCCAUGACGCGGUGGCCGCCAGGAGGGUGAAGGAGGUCUUUGGACCACAGGCCAUGAGACACGUGAUCGUCCUCUUCACCCACAAGGAGGACCUGCAGGGCGAACCCCUGGCUGGGUACCUGGCCAGCGUGAAGGACACGGGGCUGCACGGACUCCUGCAGGAGUGCGGGAGGAGGUUCUGCGGCUUCAACAACCGGGCCACGGGCGCCGAGCAGCGCCGGCAGCUGGCCGAGCUCAUGGGCCAGGUGCAGAGCCUGGAGAGGGAGCUGCAGGGCGGUUUCCUGAGCUCAGAGCUGUCCCGGGAGGCGCAGCUGCUGGUGCAGCAGCGGAGCACGGGGAUAGAGUGGGCAGAGCAGCACGCGCGCUACCUGGGCUUGGUGCGGCGCGAGGUGGAGAAGCAGCGGCGGGCGGUGGCCGCGGCCCCGGGGCGCUCCCAGGGGGACAGACUGUGCGGAAGCUCGGCCUGGGUGGCUUCUGGAAUUUCUGCUUUUCUGAUUACCUGCAUUUUGAUCUUUCUGGCCAUUUUAAUUUACUAUGGUGUCACGCAUAGACACUGAGCAUUUCCUGACCGUCUCUGCAAUCUGCCUCUUGGUUCAGAAUCCCUAUCCCGGUUUGGGUCGCUGAAAUUUCUUCUUAAAUAAUUUCCCUCUCAAGUCUCUCCUUGCAUCGGGGAUGUUGCCCGUUUUGCUCUCAGUUUUUUAUGUCAAUAACAUUUGAAGUGUGGGGGGAAGGGGAGGAAGGGGAGUCUUCCUUUGUUAAUAUAAAUCAGAUAUGAGCAGUUUGAGGGGCCAUGCUUCGAUGGGGGUGAUGGGUAAAGGACUCAUUCUGGGGUGAGUCUUAGGAAGCCCAUGUAACCUCUAAAACACUGUUGCUGGAAAUGGUGCUCAUAGGUCUGUACAACUGCCUUCAUAACUGCAUCAAAACAUAUGUACUCAGGAUUACGUUUAAGCGCCCCAAAUCCUGGACCCCAAGUGAUUUUGAGUUUUCAUACCAAGGCCACCUGCUCCGUGCAAUCCUCCUAUGUUGCCCGAAUUAAUCUCAUCUGUCUGUUCUUGGUUUUAUUCACCUCACUGCUCUUGGUCUAAUGAGAGGGAGGGUCCAUCCUCAACCGGGAAUGUCAGAUAAGUCCUUCAAGGUUCCCAGGGAGAGGGGAGGGGGCCUAUAGAAAUGGGGUGUGCAGCAGUCGCUUUCCACAUGCUCAGGUUGAACCUCACCCAUGAGAGAAUCUGCAGGAAACCCAGGUAUGUGGAAAUCAAACCCAGGUAUGACUGACAAGUCCAGGUUCAACAGAACCACACAUGGGUGACUUGCCCCCACCUCCCCCUGUUUCGGGCAGCUUGGCAGUCACUCCCACAAGCCACGUCUGGCUGGUGCCAUAUAAUCUCAUCAAUAGCCAUGAUCCAGAGACUCAUUAUAAAUUUCUUGGAAGAGAGCACAAAACGAGACCCUGCAGCAGGCGGUUUCAUUUGGGCAACCCAGAGUGGGGAUGUGUGAGGCCCCUCCCUUCCCCCAAGGGACCCAGCCCGAGCAGCCAAAAACCUCCAGAACUUAACCACUUUCCAUACUCACAGCCAUUCUCCACACGCUCAGGCCAAGCCUCACCUAUUCCUCAACCGCACAGCCACAAAUAUGACAUCUCAUACCUCACGCCAUUCAUAUUCCAAGAAAAGCAUACGACAUUUGAUGGAGUUAAAAGUCGAAGGGAACCAAUCUUAGAAAUAUAUUUUUACAUAUAUAUAUAUA